CCCGAAAAACCAGUUUUGUAACCAAAAGCAAUACAGAUUCUGGAAGUAGACACUUCAGGCUAUCUUUCCAUGUGUGUAUCUUAAAACCGAUUUUCUGACCGAAAAUCACCAUUUCUGAGGGGGGGGGGCCCUUAAGCGUCGAGCACUGAUGACUCCUUAGCUCAGGUAAGAGAUAGAUUGUCGAAAUAAAUCUGAUUCAUUCAUAUAAACCAUUUUUCAUAAAUAAUUUCAUAAAUAACCAUAUCUACAGCAUGCGCGUGCCCAGAGGGGAGGAUUGAGGGAUCAAUGUCCCCUCCCACCCAUGGAAAAAGUCGUCCCUAAUUAUUCGUAAUAUCGCUGUACUUUGAAAAAGCAAAGAUAGGAAUUAUACGAAAACGAAGGGUUCACCUUCUACUGGAUGAAAAUAUUUUUAAUCCCCCUGCCAAAUCCUAGGCACAUGCUUAAUCUACAUUACAGGCUGUCAUGUAAAUUAGCAAAAUAUUUGACUUCAAUUUACUACCUAUAUCUAUUAUUUAUAGAAAUCUAAUCUCAAAUAAUUUUACUUGUAUUAAUUCAAUUAGAACCACAUAUGCUACACAUUCAGCUAAUAAGUGCGCUCAAAAGUAUUGUUAAUAAAAUAGAAUUUCGAAAAAUAAUUUAUUAUUAUCGCUAUUAUUUACUCAGUUUUAUUUUCGGAAUUAUUUUUACCACUUUUACUCUGAAUCGGAAAAAUGUUUGUUCUAAAAAUAUUUCUUAUCAAUUACUUUCACCAUUAAAAGGUGGUCCACCACAUCCCGCAUAUGUAUUAUCAUCAGUUCCAGCACGUUAUAGUUUCACCGUUUCAAAUAUAGAAAAAGCCCUUCCUGGAUAUUUUAAAUUUGAGCAUUUUCAAGCGAUACCAUUUAAUGAUACACGAAUUAAUGGAAAUGUCAGACAGUCAUCAAAUUUACUCUCACAUAUUGACAUGUGGUUAAAUCUUUCAUCACGAUCAGAUCAUGAAUAUGGCGAUAAUGAUUGGUGUUUUGUAUUUGAAGAUGACGUGAAUAUUGUAGAUUUGAAAAAUCAUUUUCCACACAUUUAUUCAAAAUGGAAUUAUUCAAAUCCGCAUCAUUCAUUAAGGGGCAUUAUUGAACAAGCGUUAAAAUUAGCAGAUCUAGAUGGUAUACUAUAUUUGGGUACAUGUGGACCAGAAUAUCCAAACAACAAUUCAGAAAUUAUUUAUACGUCCGACAAUUUGUUUGAAUUUCGUCGUGGCGCGUAUUUCUGUUCACAUGCCACGGCAUUUAAAAAAUGGCGUUUAAAAACACUAUGGAUUGACUAUUCAGUUUAUCAACCUGUAGCUGAAUUUAAAGGAGUGGAUGGAAUUGCAAAAGCAUAUCAAAUAAUAUCAAAGAAACUCCCGUUGUCAAUGGCUUCAAACAUACAUUGGCCACCGGGUACGGGACACUUUGGAUUUUUUUUUCAGGACCGAGGCGCACAUAAGUCAACGAUAGAUGUUCGUAAACCGGCAGGCGACAUCCGCUAA